CAUUUAAUGCCAGGAGAAUUGGACAACAGGCAAAGAAAAACAAUGGAGCUGAAACCUUUGCUGAAGAAGCUGGGCUCAAUCACCCGUGCGAUCCUCACUUUCCUCUUUGCUCUGCUGGUCCUGGGUGUGAUGGUUUGGGCCUAUGUAGCCGGUUUCCAAAUAGCAACGUCCAUGUAUGGAAUCAUCUCCUUUGGCUUUUAUGGACUCCUUCUCUCUCUCCAUGUGCUGGUCCAGAGCUUCUUUGCCUUCCUGGAACGGCGGAGAAUGAAUGCCCGCAAAAAAACGUGCACCUUUACCAAAACCAUUGGCUUCACUAUAUCAGCUUACCAGGAGGAUCCUACCUACCUCAGAGAAUGCCUCAACUCCAUCAGGGCACUCAAGUAUCCUCCUGAGCUUCUGCACAUCAUCAUGGUGAUAGAUGGGAACUCGGACGAUGACCUGUAUAUGAUGGAGAUGUUCAGAGAGGUGUUUAUGGACCAGGAUCCUGGUUGUUAUGUGUGGAAGAACAACUACCACUCAUGGAGUCCCAUGCAGGCCCAGCCGGAUGAGAAAAAUGCCACAGCAAUUGGUCCAGAAGGCGAUGCUGAUCAUGUCAUAGAAGAGGAUCCACAGCGAAAAGAGGUCGAGCAUUUAAUCCGGAGCAAGAGGUGUGUGUGCAUCAUGCAGAAGUGGGGCGGCAAACGGGAAGUGAUGUACACGGCGUUUAAAGCACUUGGCUCAUCAGUCGACUACAUACAGGUGUGUGACUCAGACACGAAGCUGGACUCCAUGGCCACAGUGGAGCUGUGUAAGGUGCUGGAGAGUAAUCAAAAGUAUGGUGCCGUGGGCGGAGAUGUGAUGAUCCUCAACAUGGAAGAGUCCUACAUCAGCUUCAUGAGCAGUUUGAGGUACUGGAUGGCGUUCAACAUCGAGCGAUCCUGCCAGUCCUUCUUCAACUGUGUGUCCUGCAUCAGUGGGCCUCUGGGUCUGUACAGGAACGAUAUCCUCCAGCAGUUUCUAGAGUCUUGGUACAAUCAGAAGUUUUUGGGAACUCACUGUACAUUUGGUGACGACCGACAUCUCACAAACCGAAUGUUGAGUAUGGGCUACGCAACAAAAUACACAGCUCGCUCAAAAUGCUACACAGAAACACCUGCUCAGUUUCUACGCUGGCUCAACCAGCAGACACGCUGGACCAAAUCCUACUUCCGAGAGUGGCUCUACAACGCAAUGUGGUGGCACAAGCACCACCUGUGGAUGACCUACGAGUCCAUCGUCUCGGGUAUUUUCCCCUUCUUCGUCACCGCCACCAUCAUCAACCUGUUUUGGACCGGCACACUGUGGGACAUCCUCUGGGUCCUGUGCUGCAUCCAGUUAAUUGGGCUGGUGAAAGCGGCAUACGCCUGCAUUCUGCGCGGAAGCAUCGUGAUGGUGUUCAUGUCCCUGUACUCGGCUCUGUACAUGACGAGCCUGCUGCCUGCCAAAUAUUUCGCUAUCAUCACCAUGAACAAAAGCAGUUGGGGGACAUCAGGCCGGCGUAAGAUGGUGGGGAACUAUAUCCCUCUCCUUCCUCUGUCGGUGUGGGCAGCCAUUUUGUUAGGAGGACUUGGUUACACAAUCUACAGGGAGAGUCAGCAGGACUGGUUGACCCCAGCCAGAAUUAUGGAAACAAGGUUUAUAGUCUUUGGUUUGGUGGGCUACAUCAGCUACUGGCUGGUUAUGGUGUUUCUCUACUGGGCAUGGUUCCGCAAGUUAUGUAGGAAACGCUCUCAUCAAUACACACUGAGUGUGUAGGUCUAAGGAAGAAUAAGGAGAUUUAUUUUCAUUUGAUUGUAUUACUCAGUUUUGGUGGUGAUGAUGAUGGUGUUUCAUGUGGCUACAUUUAACCAACAAACUACAUGAAAAAUAGAUCAAAUAAUAAUAAUACUACAUUUUAUUUAUAAGGCACUAUAUGCAUCACAAAAUGAUGUCAAUGGACACACAGUAACGUAAAAACAAGCAACAUAUGACAAUAAAUAGUGAUGUUUUUGUGGCAAUGAGUCACUUA